CUAAUAUGUCUUCCUUUGUGAGGAUUGACCAGUCCAGUUUUAUUGUAUUGGCAUUGCUAUCAUUACUGGAUAGGGCAGUGAAAUGUCCAACAUUUAUUGUCAUAGCAACAGAUGUAUUAUUAGCCGUUGCUGCCCCAUAUAAAAUACUCAUACCCUCCAGUGAGGAAUGUGCAUCAGCUGUACUGAUACAAUGGUCCAGCCAUGAUGUAGUAUUCUAGGUCUCACUAAUGUAAGAAUAACUAUCUACAGGCAAGAGCACCUCCAACCUUUGCAAACCAUGUCUUCAUCGACCUCGCUUUGUGCAUUGUCAUAGUGGAACAUGUUUGAGCUUCGUAGUUCUGGUAAUGUUGCCACAUACAAAGUCAUCCUGUGCUUCCAACUUUGCGGCAACAGUUUGGGGAAGGUCAACAUUUGGGUGUGAUUAUCAGAUGUAAGAAACAAUGAAGUGGAUGUCGAACAUCUGUUGUUACAGCUGUGACCCCCAAACGGUGAGGUGAUAGGAUUAUCAAGACAGAUGUCUUUCUGAAUGAUAAUUGCGGCAACCUAACCCUUUGUACAGGGAUGGUUCUUGAUGUCCCACUGCCGCUCCUAUGCUAUAACGGUAUGAGUCACUUUAGGUGGUAUUUUACACAUAUUACUGAGGAUGAAGUGAAUUGUCCCUUUUGUUAAUGCUGCCUUUUUGGGGAAUAAGCUUAUCUUGAUACAUUUCGGGGUGGAAUCUGCUGAGAGCCAAACUGUAAUUUCUUACACAGUUGUCCGCAUACUUUUGGCUAUAUAGUGCACAGUAUAUGCAGUAUAUUUUCCAUUAUAAAUAAGGGGACAGCAAGGUCUUAAUGUAGCAUGAAUCACAAUGUGUAGUGUGCACAUGCGAUUAUAAGGGUGUAAGAGAGGUUUGGGGGUGGGGCAGGUCACUUUGCAAAACGAUGCACAGGAACAUAUUAGAGACGGCAGGUAGGAAUUUAUAUUUUGCAUUGUGCAACAAAAUGGAAUUGAGGGGAACUUUUAGACAUCACAAAUCGAUAACAUCUCGUCACUUGCAGGACAUCCAGGAAGUAGUCAUUCACUCUACUCCCUUAAACACAUUGUUGAUGCAACUCAGCUUUCUAAUAGAGGACUGUUUGUUUACAGAUCUCUGAUCGCCUCCUACCAACUCAUGCACAUGACUAAAAUGAGCGCCAUGUCCCAUUGUUGUGGAACUAAGAGUCAAAGGCUUUAUUUCAUACAGCAGUUUGAGGUGGGAUGGAGUGUAGGAUGCCCAAUUACACAAGUUGCAUGUCAAUGCCUUGCUUGCACAUAACCUAACUUCAAAAGUGUUUGGUAUGACCAGUCUUCCUGAACUUUGUAGCCUUGACCAUAUGCUCAAUCCUGGACCUUUAGAGCACUGUGAACAUUUAGUGCUCUCAACGUCAUCAGGCGUGCUACAUUUGCACAAUAGGAAAUGUAACAGGAAGCUGAUAAAGUUGAACCUCUGAUAUAAAAUCAAAAGUGCAUGAAGUCAAUCAACAGGUUAAACAAGGGACGUUGCUGUUAUUUCAAAUCAGAGAAGUAGUUUGUGCAGCUGACAGACAAACUUCAUAAGUUUGGAUUUUGUAACCAGUGUGAAGAUGGAGAAGAUGGGAGAUGGCAACAAAAGAAAGGUGACUGGUCACUUGUUGUUCUGUGUGUCCACGGCAGUCAUUGGCUCUCUGCAGUUUGGCUACAACACAGGAGUCAUCAAUGCACCUUAUUUGAAAAUACAGGCCUUUUUUAGGAAUGCUUCUCUAGAGCGCUACGGCCAAGCCAUGGAAGUCUCCACCAUUACUACUUUGUGGGGUUUUGCUGUAGCUAUAUUCAGUGUUGGUGGCAUGGUUGGUGCUCUCUCUGUAGGAGCUCUGGUCAACAAGUUCGGGAGACGUAAAUCUAUGCUCCUGUGUAAUAUCUUGGCUCUGAUCGGGGGUGGACUGAUGGGCUUGUCCAACUUGUCCCAAUCGUAUGAGAUGGUGAUUCUCGGCCGCUUGGUCAUUGGCAUCUUCUGCGGUUUCUAUACAGGACUGACACCUAUGUAUGUGGGGGAAAUCGCACCAACAGCACUGAGAGGAGCGUUUGGCACCCUUCACCAGUUAGGCGUUGUUGUUGGCAUACUCAUAGCUCAGAUCCUAGGUUUGGACAGCUUGCUAGGUUCUCAAGAUCUUUGGCCACUGCUGCUGGGACUGACGGUGUUGCCUGCAUUACUGCAGAGCAUCAUGCUGCUGUUUUGCUCAGAGAGUCCCAGAUACCUGCUCAUCAACCUGCAGCAGGAGGACAAGGCUCGCGAAGUGUUGGCGCGUCUUUGUGGAAAUGCCGAUAUUGAGGAUGAUGUUCGGGAGAUGAAAGAGGAAGCCAAUAAGAUGGCCAUGGAAAAAAAAGUUUCCAUCCUGGAGCUGUUCCGCAACCCAUUUUUCCGGCAGCCUAUCAUCAUCGCCAUUGUCAUGAACCUCUCUCAGCAGCUGUCUGGAAUCAAUGCCGUAUUUUAUUACUCUACAGAAAUCUUCACGAAGGCAGGUAUCACUGAGCCAACAUAUGCCACUAUCGGAGCGGGAAUAGUCAACACUAUCUUCACCGUGGUCUCUCUCUUUCUGGUGGAGAGGGCAGGACGAAGGACACUUCAGAUGAUUGGAUUGGGUGGAAUGGCCGUUUGUGCUCUUGUCAUUACCAUCGCUCUUCAGUUAUUGGUGGACCCAUGUGGACAACAAGAAGAGAAUCUUUCUGGAGCUCCAGUCCCGCUUGAUUGCAAUAGAACCAUGGAGGCAACACCAGAUGGGAGUAAAAUUCCACCAGCAAGCUACGUGGCCAUCGUGGCUGUUUUUGGGUUUGUGGCAACUUUUGAGAUUGGACCAGGGCCAAUCCCAUGGUUCAUAGCAACAGAGCUCUUUGCUCAAGGUGCACGACCAGCUGCUGUCGCUGUGGGUGGCUGCUCCAACUGGACGGCCAACUUUCUGGUGGGUCUGUGCUUCCCGCUCCUGCUGCGCCUGUGUGGACCAUAUGUCUUCAUCAUUUUCCUCAUCCUCCUUGUAUUGUUCUUCCUGUUUACCUACUUCUGGGUUCCUGAGACCAAAGGCCGGACCUUUGAGGACAUUGCCAGUGGAUUCGCUAGAAAGGCAGCUUCCGGCCCCACCCAGUCCUCCCAGACAGAAGGCGGGGCUAGUGUGUCAGUGUCUUCCCCCACAGAGAAAGUUGCAAUGGUGGAAUUUUAGUGGACAGGAGGCCGGCAAAACUGGUGCUAACCCAUAGAGCUCACGCUAUAGGUUUCAUUUAAACUUCUUACAUCUUCUUACAAGCACCAGAGAAGAGCAGAAGAGAGUCAGUCUAAAGGCUAGUCUAAGUUCUAAACGAGAAGGCCCAUAAUGAUACCCACAUGGGGCAGAUUUAUUAAAGGAAGCACUAAACAGAGCUGCUGUAGCUACUAUGAUGGCGUGUAUUGCCAGUUUAGAGGGCAAUCCACUAGAGACGUGCAUACAAAUGAAUACAGGCUCACUUUGCCCUAAUUAACAAAUGCCUGGAGCAGCAUAAACCCUUUUUAAUGCAAGCCUUUGUGUCUGAAAUUAAAUGAAGGAAUUGUACUACUAUUGCUUUGGGACUCGUAUUGUUCUACUAUUUCUUAAUCUCUCUAAUAAUUCAUAACAGUUCAUACAAUUUGGCAUGUAAUAUGUUUGCAUUUUGGUUUCUUCAGGGAUCCAAAUCAAUUUAGAAACAACAAGAG